CGUGAGAAAUAUAAAUUUGGUAUAAGAAAAUUACUCCCGUAUUUGAAGUGAAGAACAAAACAGAAAUACAAGAAUUAUUAUUCAUAUACAAGUCGUCUUAAUUCAUACAUAGAUUAAUUCAAGUUUAACCAUGGCUUUGGCUGUCUUGAGAGGAGGAAUGGCAAAGAAUUUGAAGAAAAUGAGCCCAUUGUUGGGAAGAACACAAGGCAUAGGAACAAUGACAAGAACAAUACCAAAGAUGAAGGCAUAUGCUCCUGCAGCUGAAAAGGAUCCAAGUAAAGGUAAAGAAACAGGUAAUUAUGUGCCCAUCUAUGUAGCUUUAGGCAUGAUAGGAUUGGCUGUGGCUUUAGGAGUCCAUACAGCCAAACAACAGUUCAUGUAUGCUCCUGAUGUUGUGCUCAAGAAGAGUCGACGAGAGACGGUCCCGGAGGUUGUCGAACCCGAACGUGUAGCUGAAGAAUCUAAAGAUUUUAUCAAAAAUUCGUUGUUUCGAAAGGUCGCUCAUGUUCAAGAGUUCGAGACUCCCGUUGAUAAUCCCAUCCAUGGCAAUCCCCUCACUAGGGAGCCACGGGUGGAGUCAUUAAAGUCGGUAGGAGUGAACCCAAUCGAAGGCAAUGAUAAACGAUGAACUUGAGCAAUUAAUCUUCUGCUUAUCUUAGCUUUCAUUUCCCGAACUCUUUGCCGGCGCAUGUUUUUGAAGGUGUGCAUCAUGUAGUGUGGAUGCAUGUUUUUUUUUUUUUUUUUGGGGAGUUUAGGUUUUUGGUAAUAUGUAUAAACCCCUUACUUUCGAAUGACAUGACAAUAUAAUUUCAAGUUAUUUUAAAUUUUGAUCAAUCGUAGGUUGUAACCUUUCUAUGUAGUAUAUUUGAGAAUUGAAUAAUUUUACAUUAGUUUAGUAAGAUGGCAAAUAAUAUAAGAACAAAGGGAAGUGACAAUAAUUCACUUUUAUAGUAAUAAACAUGGACAUCAGGACUUAGGCUUUCUUUUAUAGUAGAUCGGU